CGACCUGGAGUUCCUCAGAGAUGAGUAUCGACCUGCCGAGUUCCGAGGGUAGACCAGAGAGCGCCCAGCCUACACUGUCUCCCCCGGUACACCGGAAAACUCCCCCCGUCAUCACUCUGUCGGCGUCUCCCACAAGCAUACGGUAUGCAGCUCUCACCAGAUCCAACCCAAACCUUCACGAACUCGGGAAAACUGACGAACAAAACGUGACGAUCACGAUCACAGAGACGCCCCGACUGGACGCGCCGUUCACCGGGAUGAAGGAUCUGGAGAACCAGCAGGAAGACGUGAGUUUGGAGGACAUGCUGGACAGCCUCCUUGCUUUAGGGUCCAGACGAAGUAGUAAAAGUGGCUCCCAAAGUCCCAACGAAGUCAGGCGGUUGAGUGAAGACCGUUUGGAUAAUCUAGUCGCCGAAACGUUACCUUUCGAGCGGCGUGCGUCCGAUCCUGGAACGGCGAACAACCAACUCGAGUCGACUCUGAACACAACCGACGACUUCGCGGAGGCUUUGGAAGCCUUGAACACUACGUCAUCAUCAGUUGAUGACACGUCACUCAUGAACACCACGUCGUCGUCAUUGGAUACUGCUGUAGAGGCGAACACGUCAUCACCAAAACCACUGACGUCGCCGUUUCAGACGACGUCUUCGUUUUUUGAGACGGCGUCCUCCGCCGCGCCGGAUACGACAAGCGGGAGCUUCUCCGCCAGCGAACUGAGAGACAUGGUGACGGAAGAGCUCGUCACAGUGCGAUGUUCCUACGCCAAGUGCAAAAGAGCCGCAGAACUCAAGGAAGCAAGGCAAAGUUACAAGUCGUGUCACAACUGUUACACCUACUACUGCUCUAGAGACUGCAGGAAGAACCACUGGGAAAGGCACAAGAAGAAGUGCGUCUUCUCGCAAAUCAACAGCGCGUGCAAGCACAUCCUCCAGUACUCGCGGACCAAUGAGGAAGCUCAGAAGUGCUUCUCGCGAGUCGCGAGAACUGGGUACCUCUCGCGAGGCCGUGGGUGCGUACUCUUGAGUUUCGCCUCCUUACAAGACGCGCAAGACUUCCUGAACUCAGGACUCCCCGCCCUCCCCACGUUACCGGGCUACAAGACCUUCCGCGAACUUGAAAGCGCGCAGACGGAACAGAAAGACCCGCACACGGAGACGUUGAUCACCAUGGUUACCACGUAUGACCCGGAUGUAAAGCUGGUUCUGGACGUGUCCAUCUCUGUCGAUACAACAAACGUGAAGGCUAGUCUCGUUCCCAGGAGAGAAGGACCAAACAUCCGGCAGUGUGCUAAGAUCCGUCUUAGUGAGAGACACAUCGUCAAAAAGACGAGAGAAGAGAAGUCAGACGAGCCGGAGGGCGGGACGAUGAUACUGACGUCACCGCCCGGGUCUCCGGAGAAGCUGCAGCUGCUGAGCGACAGGAGAUCUCGCGAGAUUUGCUUCAUCAACAUCCAGCGGAACCUCCGCGCGAGAGGAGUCAUCUUACGUCACCAGUACCCGGAUGUUUACCGGAAACUGUGCGUCUAUGUGGAAAAGAACGAGUCGUUUCCCCCCGUGACUAUCUACCCCCGAGACACCAACACCGGAAAGACUUUCAUGUGUCUCAUCAUGCCGGAUUCGGAUCCGGAAAUUCUGGAAUGGGUUCAAAAUCCGGAUUUGCUCGAGGAUAUCAUUGCCUAAGUUUA